AAUGUAGAAAACGAGUGACCAGUCGAUCUCAUAAUGUUUCUCUGUUUGCAGUGCAGAUCAGCAUGACGGGUCCUCAUGGCUACAUAUCGGUCUCUGAGUGGCCUCUGAUGAUGUUCUACAUGGUGAUGUGCAUCGUGUACGUGCUGCUGGCGGUGUUGUGGUUGGUUCUGUCGGCGUGUUAUUGGAGGGAUCUGCUCAGGAUCCAGUUCUGGAUCGGAGGAGUCAUCUUCCUGGGAAUGUUGGAGAAAGCCGUUUACUACGCCGAGUUCCAGAGCAUCAGAUACGACGGCUUGUCGGUCCAGGGGGCGGUGGUGUUUGCGGAGGUGCUCUCUGCGGUGAAGAGGACUCUGGCGAGGGUGUUGGUGAUCAUCGCCAGUCUGGGAUACGGCAUCGUCAAGCCCAGACUCGGUGCUUUGCUCCACAGAGUAGUCGGGGUCAGUCUGCUCUACCUCAUCUUCUCCAUCGUCGAGGGGAUCCUACGAGUCAACACUGAUCGAGGCGACAGCAACAACAGCAGUAGACUUUUGUGUGACAUAGUGCUGGCCUUCAUUGACUCCUGUAUUGUGUGGUGGAUCUUUGUAAGUCUGGCUCAGACGAUGAAGCUGCUGAGGCUGAGGAGGAACGUGGUGAAGCUCUCUCUCUACAGACACUUCACCAACACGCUCAUCUUCGCCGUCAUAGCGUCAGUCAUCUUCCUCAUUUGGGCCACGAAGACCCUCAGGAUGUCUAAAUGUCAGUCUGACUGGAGGGAGCUGUGGAUAGAAGACGCGUUCUGGCGUUUCUUGUUCUCCACCAUCCUAUUGGUCAUCAUGUUCCUAUGGCGACCGUCAGCCAAUAACCAGAGGUAUGCCUUCAGUCCUCUGUUGGAUGAAGAGAGUGAGGAAGAGGAGAAGGAGCCCAUGAUGAACGAGGCUUUCGAGGGGAUGAAAAUGAGGGGCAUGAAAAACGAGACCAACGGUUCGGCCAAAGCCAACAAAGUGGAUGAGGAUCUGAAAUGGGUAGAAGAAAACAUCCCGACUUCCAUGGCAGAUGUCGCUCUGCCCCCCCUGCUGGACUCUGAUGAGGAAACCUUGACGACUAAGUUUGAGAUGUCCAAGAUGGAGUAAAGCGGAUGAGGACGGACUAAUGGAGGCAACAUGGAGAAAGAGUCUGGUAAACAGACAGAUAAAUAAGACGGAGGAUAGAGGGAUGAGGAGGGAUAGAUGAACCGAUGGAUGAAAGAACAAGUGUUUGCUUUAGAAGACGGUGUCUGAUUUAAUCCCUGAAUUUAUGAGCUUUGUAAGCCUUGAUUGUAAAUAUACUGGGAGUAAAAUCGCUCACAGAUGCUUUUUAUUUUUACUGCCUGUUUGUAUUUAUAUUUCUAAAUAAGUAUAAAUAUAUACAGUAUAUUUUGACAAAAUAAUGAGGUUCUCUGCUACCGGGGCGGCCUGUUUGCCUUUUCAUCAUCUACAUGCGGAAAGGUCUUUGGAAUAUUGUCUCAUCAGACAUUUUGUUUUCACAACAAGAGCGCUCCUCGUCACUGCUGUUGGGAGUUUUUUUCUCUUUCUUGUGGAGGUUUGCGCUUCGUCACUAAAGGUAGUUCUGGCGCUUUGCUAAAGUUUGAACACGGACUGUGUAUAUUUUGAGUGAAGAAGGAUUUGAUUUUAUUGUUUCACUUUUUCUUUGUGUCUUCUUUCUGUGUGUUUUUGCAGCAGAAAGUACUGAUUUGCUGCACCUCCGCAGGAAUCAUUCUUAGCGUUUUCCGUCACUUGUUGAUGUUGGUGUGCAUCCAGACGCCGUGUGGUCGCCUCGGCGGCAGCCUGUUAGCGAGCUGCUAGUUGUUAGCUGAGCCUUGACAUACACAGACCGUCCCUGUCGUGCACAUCGCAGGUACUCCUGUAGCAUAAAACAUGCUUAAGGCGGUGAUGCACCAAGCCGACUGUGCGACCGAACCAGCAUGUGUAGCAGCCUGAUGGAGCUGGCUGAACGGAGGACUGAGGCAGUUUGGAAGAGAACGCUCUCUUUGUAUUUUUCACCUUUGCCUUUUCUGUAUUAGUCGUGCUAGCGGCAUGGCUCUGGGCGGGACAGUGUCGGUUAUCCGGUCCAGAUUGAAUUAUCUCAUUGCCAUUUCAUUUAGAGAGAGGAUGAGUCCUCCUGACUUUGGUGAUACCCUGACUUUUAUUCUAGCGCCAGCAGCAGGUUGGCACUGAAAUAUUAACUUCCAGAUGAUGAACCUUAGUGACUUUUCAUCCAGCGGUUUCAGAUGGACCACCUUUGAAUUUGGUACAUACAUUCAUGUUUUACAGUGGACGCACUGUGACAUUACGGAGUUGUUGUUGGUUUCUUUUAGCUUGACAUAAUCCCAGACUUUGGACACUUUCUUCUUCUGCCAUCGCAAAUUUUUUCUCUCUUCCUCCACUUUGCAAACAGCUCCAUCAUAAUGACGUGUUCACACAGCGUAAGCACGUCGUGCAGCAGUAAUAAAUGUCCGCGUGAAACCGUGUGCUAUAAAGUUAUAUGGAUUAAACGAAGCCUUGAUGCAAAGAAUUUGCGUCGAUAAAUUCUAGUAAUCGAUUUAAUCGAUGAAUUGUUUCAGCUCUACGUUCAUGUCACCUUUCAUUUCCAUUUAGUCUCCAUUUAACUGUAAACUGAACUUUAAGUAGGAUCCCUGUCAGACAAAACCCCAGAGCAUGCACAUCUAUUCGUGCACAGAAACAAAACUUCUCUCUAUGGUCUUUUUAUUUGCUUGAUCUCACACAAAUGAUGAAAUUUAACUUUCACUGUCUGCUAACUCACACAGAUUCAGGAUGCUCUGCACACACACACACACACACACACACACACACACACACACACACACACACACACACACACACACACACACACAGUACAGGUCAUUCAGAGCGAUAAUGGCUGCUGUCAUAGAGAGCACUACACACUCGUGUGUGUGUGUGUGUUGGGUUGACAGGGGCUUGUCUGAAUGGACUAAACGCUCCAUACAUCAUCCAGUUCAGCCGCAGGGAAAAGUCCACUCUCCCUCUCUGCUGCCUGCUCCCGUCGGCCUGCAGCCGCUCGCAGUCUGUUUGCUCUUAUCAGGAACAUCAGAUUAAACGUUUUGGGUUUUAUUUUGGUUGUUUGUUUGUUUUUUGGUUGUUGUCUGUUUCAGCAAGGUUUGAGACUAAAAUUAUGGAUGACAUGAUAAACUUUUUUUUUCUCUCAGUCCACUAUAUUAAAGUCUUCAAUAUGUAUUGUCUGCAGAUUCUGAUCCAAUAUUUGUAUUGUCUUACAUAACGCAGCUGCACUCGUAAAGUAGACCUACAGCAGAAAAACAAAUUCAGUUUACACAGGACAUGUUUGACAGCUAGCUCCCGUAGUCCAGGAGUACAGAGCCAAGACAACUCAAAAAUGUGUUUCUCUCUUUGUAAUUACAGCCUGUGUAUGAAAUCAAAGUAAUGUGUCAGCCUUUCAGAUUUAAUUUAUUACCCACAAUCAAAGCUCGUUACACCAAAAUAUCUGCCACAGUGAAAGCACACAGCUGAGUUAGUUUAUAGGGCCGUUACGUGUAGAUGAAAGGGAAAAGUACCGACAUUUUUUUUUUUAAGAAUUGAACAUCUGUUCCUUCUGAAUUGUUGCUCUGAAAUGUGAAAAGACUAAGUAUGAAUUUUAUAUCUGUGUCUCAUUUUGGGGAGAAACUCUUGAGUUUAAUGUCUUCACAGUUAAAUGUGUUCCAGGUUUGUGUCUCUGCGCUUGGUGUCACGUAGCAGCUUCUGUGUGUUGUACUGUGCUGUUUGCUUUGUAAAUAAAUCAAAAAGUUAAUAAUAAAAACUUGAAAAUAAAAUUAUUAGCUUUA